CUCUCUCUCUCUCUCUCUCUCUCUCUCUCUCUCUCUCUCUCUCACACACACACGAACAAAAACUAACUGACAACGUGAUGUCGCGUGCACACACCGGAACAAGAGCUUUCCCCGUGCACCGCACCGUCGCCAAUCAUCGCUAACUCUGAAGAUUAACGAAUAAUCCGACCAGAUUGACGGAUCUCGCUCUGUCUGCGAAACGCUGCGGGGCUUCUUCUCUCUGUUAUACUCUCCACUCCACAGCCGACAGAUCAGAAAAGCCACAUCCAACGAAAAUGACAGAGAAACGGAUGUCACGUUGGUAUUUCGGGGGUCUCGCCUCCUGUGGGGCCGCGUGCUGCACGCAUCCACUGGACCUGAUCAAGGUCCAUCUGCAGACACAGCAGGAGGUGAAGAUGAGGAUGGUUGGCAUGGCGAUGCACGUGGUGCGGAAUGACGGAGUGCUGGCGCUUUACAAUGGCCUUAGUGCAUCUCUCUGCAGACAGAUGUCGUAUUCUCUGACGCGUUUUGCGAUUUAUGAGACAGUGAGAGACAUGCUGGGCAGUGGGAAUCAGGGGCCAAUGCCUUUCUACCAGAAAGUUCUGCUGGGAGCAUUUGGAGGUUUUACAGGAGGUUUCAUUGGGACCCCAGCAGACAUGGUUAAUGUCAGAAUGCAGAAUGACAUGAAACUUCCCCCUGAGCUGAGGAGAAAUUAUAAACAUGCACUGGAUGGCCUGUUCAGAGUCUGGAGAGAAGAGGGGACGAGGAAGCUGUUUUCAGGGGCCACAAUGGCGUCUAGCAGGGGAGCUCUCGUCACCGUGGGACAGCUGGCCUGUUAUGACCAAGCAAAGCAGUUGGUGCUUAGCACAGGCAUUUUGGGAGAUAAUAUCUUCACUCAUUUCCUGUCCAGUUUCAUUGCUGUGAGUAACUCUCUCUCUCCCCUGCAGGGUGGAUGUGCGACGUUUCUCUGUCAGCCGUUGGACGUGAUGAAGACUAGACUAAUGAAUUCUAAAGGAGAGUAUAGAGGAGUGGUACACUGUCUGACUGAAACGGCAAAACUGGGACCACUUGCUUUCUACAAGGGCCUGGUUCCAGCUGGGAUCCGUUUGAUCCCUCACACAGUUCUGACCUUCGUGUUCCUUGAACAGCUAAAGAAAUACUUUGGCAUCAUCGUGAUCAGCUGAGCAUGCUCCACGACCUCUGACCCCCGAACAGGAACCUCUCAUCUGACCACUGAAGCUGUCAGGAUACAGCAUGUCAACUGGAACCUGAACACACCUGGAGGACCACAAACACACGCACACGCACACACAUACGCGCACGCACACACACACACAC